CAGAGCAGCGACACGCAAAACUCUCCAACUUACUCCUAGCAUUGAUGUACUGUAGAAUAAGAGAAUUGCGGUAAAUAUUAAUAGUUCACCUGCGAUAUAUUUGUGCUCUUUAAAUCUUUAAUUCACGAUGGAAGUGAAAUCGUCAUUCUCCGAUCGGGGUGUAGAAUUCUGCAUGAAGUUUUAUAACUACUUGGCAGAUCACAGCUCAACUGACGCUAAUUUGAUAUUUUCUCCGUUAUGCACGGAAGUCGCUCUUUCCUUGGCUUAUCUCGGUGCGAGAGGCAUCACACGAGAGGAACUGGCAGGCGUGCUGCAAUUUCACGGGGACCAGCCACUGGAAUCUCUCCAUCAGACUUUGAUGCGUUUGAAGCAGAAUGAGGAAACCUUCAAUCCGAGCCUAUAUUCGCCCAUUAUCAACUAUAAACUGUUCACCGCCACUGGACUAUUUCUUGAUCAAGAGUAUCCAUUUAAAGAAAGUUUUCUCGACGACGCAAAACGGCUGUUUGGGGCGCAAUGCCACAAUGUCCAGUUUGCCACUGAACCCGAUGCCGCUGUAGCAGCUAUUAACCAAUUCGUUACAAAGCAAACCAAUGGAACUAUUGAUGAUUUGUUGACAUCAUCCGAAUUGUCGCCCGCCACCAAACUGAUAUCGGUAAAUGCCUUAUAUUUCAAAGCAAACUGGCAUUUGCAGUUCGAGGAUAGUAAGACUGUGAAGAAACCAUUUACUACGGCGAGUGGUGAUAAAGUGUUAGUGGAUACGAUGCACGCCACCAUCGAAUGCAAGUACUUUAAGAGCAAGGAACUAGGCGGAGCAAAGUUCCUGCGGCUACCCUACGUUGAAGAGUGUACCCACGCCUACUUUAUCUUACCGGGAAAAAAGAAGCGCUUUUCCAAAUGGUCACCGGGUUUGGCUUUACACAAUCUUUACCGUUCGCUAACACCGGCAACGCUGCAAACAGCUUUUCGAAGUCUUCAGGAGAUCACAUACGGAACCAUACAAUUACCGAAAUUUAUUAUACGACACAGUAUCGACAUGGAAGACAUGUUAAAGGAUUUCGGUGUAAAAACCGCCUUUGACGAUAACCAAGCGGAUUUUACGGGAAUAUCGGAUGGCCGCCUGUCUAUUGACCAGAUCAAGCAGAAAGUUUUCAUAGAUGUGAACGAAAAAGGAACCGAAGCGUCCGCAGCAAUCCAGGUGACGUACGUAGACGCCUGUUUACCUCCUGAUACAAGGGCUAAAUUUAUUGCUGACCGACCGUUCAUAUUCCUACUACGUCACGAGGCAAGUGACACGAUUCUCUUCGUUGGACAUGUUGCCGAUCCUUCCGCUCAAUGAGUGUCAGCUGUAAGGAUCUGUAUAACAGUUAGGCUGUUUCGACUCCAUCGGAUUAUUAUGCCUAACAUCGAGCUCGCGAUAACCCCAUCCGGGUAGUGAGAAUUGUUGAGGUGUUCAAAGUCACCCGGCUUGCUUUAUUUGCAUGAGUUUCCUGUGACAAUAGUUACGGAAACAGAUUGUGCUUGUCUCUAACUGCUUUUAUGGUAUGUUGUCCUAGCGCUUUACAACAGACAUUCUUGGUCGCUUUCAAUUUUCAUUACUCACGUUUUCCUUUCAUUAUCGUUUUUCAUUUUCAUUAUUUCUCAUUCUUCUUUUUCAGUUUCAAAGUUGUUCGAAACCGAACAACCGUUUUCACAUUUGAGCUUUGUCAUUAUAAUAAUCCCGCAGACAUUUCCAGUUUUAGAACAACAGCCACAAUGCCGAAUAAUGUCCGCAGCUGACAACUUUAAGGCGCAACAAAGGGAAAAAAUGUCGCCGGUAUUUAAAUACCGAAUUCUCGAACCGGCGGCAAUGAUGUUCCCGAUCAAGGCUGUCUUAAAAACACUACGACAAAAAACCCCCCGAUUUGCCGACACCACGAAGCUCAUGCUGCAUUCAUAGCCCACUCUGUCCACGUGGAAACCGAAAACCGGCUGGCUGCGCUGCGAACGUCAGUCUCGCGUCAUCUAUCUUGCCCAUGAUUUCAGCGUUUUCGAAUAACAAUACCGUUGUCAUGAAAAGCGCAGCCGCAUAUUUGUGGUUGCUACUGCAACUUUCUUGGCGUAGUGCAGUGGCUGAAGGGCUUUCAUCACUGAUUUCCUUAGAACGCAAUUGUAUAAAAGCGGUACUAGCAGUCAGUUAUUCUGUGAAGGAUAUAUCUCGCUUGAGUGGUGAAUAAAAAAAGCGAAAAGAAAUCGGUUUGUGGAGUUUCCUAUUUUGGGUGGUCGAAUU